GAUUACGAGUAUUGCCAGCGCAUUAUUUUUCCACUUUAUUUUUCCUUUCAAGACACAAUACGAUUAAUAUUUGACUACGUGCGCGAUUUAAAAACAAAUGCGCCGAUGAUUUGAUCAAGAAAAUACGACAUUGACACCGGAAUAGAUGCCUGGGAAUAUUGCCGAUUGUUCGAGAUUAUUGACUACAUUCUUUAUUAAUAUAUGGCAUUCAUUUUCUGAAAAACGAAUUUUGGAUUUCACCUCAAACACCAAGUGCUGUGCAGCUGAGCUGUGCUACAGUUGAGUCAAUUCACGUCGUCGUCAGCAUUCCCCACGCACGCGAGACCUCGCCCCCUUGCCAGGCCAGUCUGUGGUCCUUGAUCAUGUUUGUUAUGGUGGUACGCAGUGAGUUGAAUCACAGACAGCAGUGAUCACAGUCACUGAGCUACAGUUCACCAUGACGGGCCAAGUUAUUGUAAGCCCUGGUUCAGGAGCAGCCGUACCCAUCCCUUCAGGCUCCUCCUCGAUGAAGGUCCCUACCUCAAGCCCGCCUGAGGGCGAUGGUGGAGCGGCGUCGCCCGUGGUAAUGGAGAAAGAACAGUUUACCACCAAGAAGGUGCCAAGGUUUUACUUUGGUGGUUUCGCUGGCGCAGGAGCAGCAUGUUUUACUCAUCCAUUGGACCUUGUAAAGGUUCACCUGCAGACACAGCAAGCUGUGAAGAUGAAUGCUUCGGGGAUGGCGGUUCAUAUAGUAAAAAAUGAGGGAGUGUUAGCUCUCUACAAUGGUCUCAGUGCUUCCUUAUGUAGACAGCUCAGUUACUCAAUGGCAAGGUUUGGUAUAUAUGAGGCAGUGAAGCAGAGAUUAACAGCAGACAAUCCCAACAAACCUCUUCCAUUCUAUCAGAAGAUGCUCGUCUCUGGUUUUGCAGGAGCUGUUGGGGGUUUCGUGGGUACGCCAGCAGAUAUGAUCAAUGUCAGGAUGCAGAAUGAUAUUAAACUACCACCAGCAGAGAGAAGAAAUUAUAAACAUGCAAUUGAUGGACUAUGGCAGGUUUUUAGGAAAGAGGGUGUAGUAAGCUUAUGGAAUGGCUGGUCUAUGGCAGUGUUAAGAGGCUUCCUAAUGACAUUUGGACAGGUGGCUCUUUAUGAUCAGUACAAACAGCUCUUGCUGCAGACUGGGUAUUUCAAUGACAAUAUAGCAACCCAUUUCACUGCAAGUACCAUGGCAGGUACCUGUGCCACAGUAUUAACUCAGCCAGCUGAUGUCUUAAAAACAAGGUUAAUGAAUGCCAAACCAGGACAGUACAAGAAUGCUCUCGACUGUUUUCUUAAUGUUGCCAAGUUGGGACCUAUGGGGUUCUUCAAAGGUUUUAUUCCUGCCUUCGUGAGACUCGGUCCUCACACCAUCCUAACCUUCCUCAUCUUCGAGCAACUCAGAAUACGACUUGGUCGUGAUAUCCAAGUCAAGGUUGGGUCAUGAGCCUGACGGUCAAAGCUUGUAGGCGGUGGUAAUGAACUUUCAAUCAAUUCAAAUAAUAAUCAGGUUUUGAUUUGAGCUCAGCCUAUAUUUGGUGAUUACCGAGUGCCUCGUACAAGCUGUAUCUUUCAUGCCAUUUGGUGCGAUAUCCCGCAUCCCUGAAUGCCAUAUGUUGCUAUGACAGGCAACCAUUGAUUUAAUCAUGAAAUCAAAGCAAGAUGGAAGAAAUUGUAAAGGGGAUAGAUACAGUAUGCUUAAGCUUUAGUGAAUUGAUGAAAUUUUGAGAUGUUUUUCGGGUUGAUGGUUUCGAUGAACUGUGUUGGAUAUCCUGGAAUUUUUGCCAGAAGCAGUUUGCAUUUGUCACAUGUACAGUGUAUAAUCUGUUAUGUAUGUAUUGUAACACAGGUGCAAUGUACAUGUAUGUGACACAUGCAAUGAAUUUGUAACAUCUGUUAUGUGUGCACAUACAUGUACAUGCUACAUAAGUGUAAGAGACAGUUCAUGUGUACAUGCAUGUAAUGUUUGUUACAUGGGUAUAUGAUGUAACGCAUUCUGUGUAACAUGUUUACACCAUUGAAUCUUGAAAGGUGUAUAAAGCUCACAUCAGAAGUGUGUUGAUGAUAUAACACGAUGUUAAUCAUUUUUAUAUGAAUCAUGUUUCAAGAAAUUACUUUUGACAAUCCAGGGUUAUGUGAUUGAUGAAGAUAAUUUAGCAAUCGGUAUUAAGAGUGCAGGAUAGGGUGAUAAUACAAUCUACAUGUCAUUUAUCUAGAAAGACAUAAAAAGAUGUUCAUCGUAAAUGCUGCAUUGUUCAUGAACAAUAUAUCUAUUACAAAAGGUAUCAGAGUCUCUGCACCGUCCGUCGCUACAUGUUAAAAUUUUGAAAGACAUAAACUUCUGUCCCCCCAAGAGCCAUGCUUUGUACAAGAUUUUUCUUAAUCACUUUAAAAGGCCUGUGCCCCGUCUUAUAUUGAGUUACGAUUUAGUGGAUUAACCUCACCUGUAAGCAAAUCCAACAAUGUCAUAAUUUUUUCUACAGGAAUUUUGCACAAUUUCCUUUGUAAACAAAGAGAACAAACCAAAAUUUCAGAAGAUGAUUAAUGAAUGAAUUGUAACUCUGUAAGAUGGGACCCGGGUCACACUGCAGCCAGUCCAGGGUCCCGUAACACAAAGUUUAGCGAUUGAUCGUAGGUUUGAUUUUCAUGAUUGAUUGUAUAUUGUAGUCAAUGAAAUCAAUCGUAAAGAAAUUCUUCUACGAUGAUUGCUAAGCUUUGUGUUCUAGGCCCAAGGUUACUGUCUCUCAAACAGUAUGCAUAUUAAUCACAGAAACAAUUGUAUUAAAACCACUCUGGGCCCUGUACCACAGAGAUAAUAGUAAUAGUUGUAGGACUGAUAUUUACAUGUACAACUGAUUGCAUUGAUCAUUAUGUGAAAUCAGUCUCACAAGUCAGACAUACGAUCAAUUGAUAACCUUUGUGUUACAGGUCGUCGGUUACUAGUGACUUUACGAAUGUCUGAUCCUUUCUUAGGAACCUACAUGUAAUCAAUACCUAUGAUCAUUUAUGGCAAGUAAGGAUCACCAGUCGUUCAUAAAGUCAUUCAUAACUUACGAUCAGCUUUAUGAAACAUCCACCAGGUUACCAAUUUAGCUUACCACAUAAUCGUACAUGCUCUGUGUGAAGAGUCCAGUUGUUUUAUGUACAUAAAGUGCCCUGGCGAGUUGUCCACAGGGGCCACGGAAAACCGUGUUAAAAAACUGUGGACAAAAACGUAAAAAUUGCCAUCUGACUGAUCUUUUUGCAUGGUCAACCCCACCUCCCCCCCCCCCACUUUUGAAACCAUUCCGCGGCCCCCAGUCCAUAAAGCUGUUUGUGAGUUGAACACAAUUCAGUGUUUCUAUUAAUGAGGUACAUGUACCCCCAACUUUUUUUGUGACUUGUCAUUUUUCAAAAGUUAAGAUUUUUUUUAAAUAGUUUCCAGCACUUGAUUUAUGACUAAUUUCAAGUUUACUGGAUGAAUAUUUAUGCAUUGUAUAUGGCUCAAAUAUAUUUAGGAAGCAAAGAAUAUAAUAUUGAAGGAUACAUUACUUCAAAUCUUGAAUUGAAGUACAAUGCUUGAGUAAAAAGAAAAUGUAGGGAGGUGGCAUGUGGCCAAUCCCCCCGCCCCCCUCCUCCCCUGAUUACUGUAUAUACAUAAUUAUACAGUGUACACACUUAUGACCACACUGCAGGGAUGUGAAGUUUACAAUAAUCAUCUCUGUGUGUGUUUACUAUUCUUUAUAUAUUUUGUACACAUCUCAGCCUUUUUUAAGCACUCCCAGAAUUCAUAAUUGCUGCUUAUUAUAAAUUAAAUUGACUCAGUUCAUGUACAUCAAUGUAUAAAAUGCAUUUUAUCAUGUUUCCAGCUACAAAAGAGUUUUUAUUUUUCUAUUAUCAUUUUCUGUCAACUGGAAAGGAAGAGUUUAUAUAAAUCAAAUGGCUUCUGUUUAUGCAUGAUUUGGAGGAGGAAGAAAAGAUGCUGAGUUGGAUUUGCUCGCCCUAGCGACACUCUUUUUUGUCAACUGGAAAGGAAGAGUUUAUAUAAAUCCAACGGCUUCUGUGAAUGCACGAUUUGGAGGAGGAAGAAAAGAUGCUUAGUUGGAUUUCUUCCAUAUGCUGCAGCUAUAAAGAUGAAAUCAGACUCUUUGAAGUGGUCUACCUACUUGUAAGUUCCUAUACGUUCCUCAGAAACAUGUACAUGUAGUGUACAUGUUUGUACAAAUGUUUAAUCACAUUAAGAUACUUAUUACCACAUACAUUGUAUAGCUGCAUGUGUACAUGUACAUGCCAAGUGCCAACUCCAUAUGUAUGCUAUAUGAUUCCUCACUAAUUUUGUAGAAAGCAAAAAAUACAAUUUCAUCAUUGUCCCCAGAGAUGGCAAAUCACUUGGGUGGGUACAUUAUUUUCCACCUAAAUCCUUUAGCCUCGUUGUACGUGUACCAGUGCAUCAUUUCUAGUAGAAAACUAAAAAUUGUGCAAUAAUUUUUUUAAAGAAUUUUAUUUCAUCAUUUUUAUGUUUAAAAUCAUGGGAUUUUUUCGGUGUGAUUUUGGACUGUCCUGAUUAAUGCAUUACUGUAUAUGAAAUUGUAGGGGAAAGGUUGUAUUAUUUGAAUCACAAUUCACUAUCAAUCGUAGAUAUACAGAUGUGCAUUGUUAAUAGGUUAAUAUACAUGUAAUUUGAAAUUGUAGAUGUAGCGUAGGUCUAAAUAUUUGUAGUUUCCUAGACAAACGUGUUGGUAUACAUCUACAUUCAAAUGCCAGUUUGACUUUUUGAAUUGAACAUGGGGUUGAAUCGCCUUUAUGGACAAAACGUUUCUGAAAUCUUAUUUUCUACAUGUAAUAGGUGUGAUUGUUUUAAUUUGUUUACUAUGUUGAAUUAAUUUUCUGUUGAGAAGAAUAUUGGCAUUCAUGGAAUAUGUAAUACAUGACAAAAAAGUGUUUUUCAAAAAGCUGAUUACCCAUGAAAUUUAUUGGAUAUUUUAUCAUGUACAGGUGUACUAUCAUUUUGAUUUAGACUUGCGCUGUACUGUACCCAUGUACACUUACGUUUGCUUUAUGUAUGUAGUAAAUAUGAUGCUUGUAUACUCAGAAAGAAAUAAUACAUCCCUGUCUGGGAUUUUUUUUGUGAUGAAAAAUGAAUAUUUUUAAUGUGUAUCAAGUGCAAGAGCAGUGUAGAUGCUCUCAUUUGCAACUUGGGGUUUUUUCUGGACACUCAUUCCAGUGUGAGCUUGUGGCUUUGUACUGUGCUUAGUAAGUGCUAACUGAAAACUUGAGCAAAUUCCUUUAAAAGCACAUUCAAGAAAUUGAAUUCACUGCACAUGAACAUUUUGUAUUUGCUGCUGUUGGAUAGACUCACUUUGCUUGACCAUGAAAUUACAUGAAUGAAACUGUUAAUUGAAUCUUCAAAUUGGCAGUUCUUUUAAAGGGCUAAAAUCUUGGGGUUCCUACUCGAAAUUGAGAAACAUUUAUAUUUUCUUUGCUGUUUAUGUUUGUAACAGUCAUUUGUAUUGUAAUUAGAGUGGAUGCAAUCAAGUAGCACGAUUUUGUGAUCAUUCUUUCAUGCAAAAUAUGAAGUAGAAUGUUGCCAAUUCAGCUCAUUUCAAAGGGAUAAAAUACCUAUGUGACUCUCAGCAAUGCAUUCCAUGUACAGGUAGAAAAUGAGUUGGAGCUAUUCCUGCUGAAUGCAUGCAGUCAUGCAGACAGGCUGAUCAAACAAGCAUUCAUCGUUGUGUAAAUAGCUGUAAUCAUUAGUCCUCAAAAUACAUUGCGAUUUGAGCAGCUGAUCGUCAUGAUCAGAUAUCAAUACACCCACUUUCUUAUUUUGUUACUGGCACCAGUUUCUCUGACUAGCUCUUUUGCCCUGUACCUUGUGUAAACUGAAUUGCCGCAUUGAUUCUGUUAAUAAUAGUUAUUGUAAUUGGGUUGGAUAAAGUUCUGUUUACAGUUGAAGAUGGUGAAAA